AUGUCUGGAAACUGCUGUUCUAGGAAAUGCCCAUCUGUGCCAGGCAUCUCUCUCUGCUCCAGUGAGGUGAGCUGUGGAGGGCCUGUCUGCUUGCCCAGUUCCUGCCGGAGCCAGACAUGGCAACUGGUGACCUGCCAAGAUAGCUGUGGGUCAUCUAGCUGUGGCCCACAGUGCUGUCAGCCCGCCUGUUCUGUGAGCAGCUGUGCCCAGCCUGUGUGCUGUGAGGCCACCAUCUGCGAGCCCCCCUGUGUUGUGAGUAGCUGUGCCCAGCCUGUGUGCUGUGAGGCCACCAUUUGUGAGCCUUCCUGUUCUGUGGUCGAGUGCUGUGCCCAGCCUGUGUGCUAUGAGGCCACCAUCUGUGAGCCCGCCUGUGCCCAGCCUGUGUGCUGUGAGGCCACCAUUUGUGAGCCUUCCUGUCCUGUGAGCAGCUGUGCCCAGCCUGUGUGCUGUGAGGCCCAUUCCUGCCAGCCGGUCCUCUGUGUACCCACUCCCUGCCAGUCCAUCAUCUGUGAGCCCAGCUGCUGCCAGCCAGUCAUCUGUGAGCCCAGCUGCUGUUCAGCUGUCUGCACUGUGCCUAGUUCCUGCCAACCAGUGGUCUGUGAGCCUGUCUGUCAGCCGGUGUGCCCCACGCCUAGCUGCUGUCCAUCUGUAUGCUCUGUGGCUAAUAGCUGUCAGGCUAUCUGCUGUGACUCCAGUCCUUGUGAGCCAUCUUGCUCAGAGCCCAGCAACUGCCAGCCAGCUCGCUGUGUGGCCCUGGUCUGUGAGCCUGUGUGCCUUCGCCCUGUCUGCUGUGUCCCAAGCCCUUGUGAGCCGCCUUGUGUCUCGAGCACUUGCCAAGAGCCCUCUUGUUGUGUCUCCAGCAUCUGCCAACCCAUCUGCUCUGAGCCCAGCCCCUGCUCAGCAAGUAUCUGUGCACCUAGUCCAUGCCAACCUACUUGCUACGUAGUCAAGCGCUGUCGGUCUGUCUGCUGUGAGCCCGUUUCCUGCCCAUCUACCUCCUGCCAACCUCUCUGCUGCCGCCCAGGGUCUUCUGCAUCUGCCAUCUGCCAGCCAACUUGCUCUAGGACUUUCUACAUACCCAGCUCCUGCAAACAGCCUUGCUCUCCUUCGGUUCCUUACCGCCCAAUCUGUCGUCCAAUCUGUCGCCCAAUCUGCUCUGGACACAUUACUUACAGGCAGCCAUAUGUGACAUCCAUCUCCUAUCGCCCUGCCUGCUACCGCCCAUGCCACCCCAUCCUGCGCCGACCAGCCUGUGUCACUUCACUGUCUUACCGUCCAGUCUGCUCCCGCCUGCCUUGUGCUGACUCCUGUAAACGAGAUUGCAAAAAGUCCACUUCCAGCCAACCAGAUUGCACUGACUCAACGACCUGCAAGGCUGAGGUCUCAGAUUCCAGUCCCUGCCAGCCCACUGAGGCCAAACCCACCAGCCCAACCACCCGUGAGGCUGAAGCCACCCCGCCUACUGCCACCAAGCCUGCCGACCACUGA